CAGCUCAAGUCCCGCGUUGUUUCGUAGGGAGUUCUCGUGUGUCCACCAUCUUUGUGUCUCUUUGCAGAAGGACACAGCAAGAAGUUGCCACCUGACCUCUCAAACAUGCUGUCCAGGCUCGUUUUUGUCUCAGCCGGUGCCCUCAAAGGCAGUGGCUCCUUCGGAGCUGGUCUGGUCCACGCUUCUCACUCCCUUCACACAUCAUCCCGGAGUCUGGCCCCAGUGCCCCCUCUGCCAGAGAAGGGAGGCAAAGUCCGCCAUGGCAUCUUCCCAGAGGAGAUUUUCCAGCUCUUGUACCCCAAAACAGGAGUCACAGGACCCUAUGUGCUGGGUACUGGCCUCCUCCUCUACAUGCUGUCCAAGGAAAUCUACGUCAUUAACCACGAGACCUUCGCUCUCCUCUCCAUGGGUUCCAUCAUCAUCUAUGGUAUCAAGAAAUUCGGCCCAAGUGUUGCAGCUUUCGCUGACAAACUGAACGAGGACAAAGUGGCCAAGGCUCAGGAGGUGAAGGAUCUCGCCAUGACCAACUUGGCUCAGGCCAUUGAGGAUGAGAAGAAGGAGCAGUGGAGAGUCGAGGGAAGAGCAGCGCUGUUUGACGCCAAGAGGAACAACGUGGCCAUGCUGCUGGAGACCAACUACAGGGAGAGGCUACAUAUGGUGACCAACGAGGUAAAGAGGCGCUUGGACUAUCAGAUUGCCCUGCAGCAUCUCCACCGCCGCAUGGAGCAGGAGCACAUGGUCAGCUGGGUGGAGAAGAAUGUCGUCGGCAGCAUCACUCCUCAGCAGGAGAAGGAGAGCAUCGCUAAAUGCAUCACAGACCUGAAGGCGCUGGCCAAGGCAACCCAGGCCAAAGCCACGGCCUGAACUGACCUGGCUCCAGAGGAGGCUGCUCUCAUCGUUGUCCCAAGACGAGACCCACUUUUCUUUACAGAAUAGACUAUUUCCUCCUUAAAGAUUGUCUCUGUCAAUAUUAUGGGUGUGUACAGUAUUUACACGUCAGCCGACGGUAAAAUAAAUGGUUCUCUUAUUCAACGUAA